AUGAAAAAAGAUGUCACAGACAUCGAUGAAGAAAUCGCCGAAAUGGAAGAAAGAACGGAAGUUCUAGAGAUUAAACCAAUUGUAUGUGAACAACUUAUGGGAAAUUUACCUGGUGAGAGAGUUAAUCCAGAUUUUGUAUUUAAUACGUGUGGACUUGACUUUUCUGGUCCAUUCCUCAUCAAGUAUAAAAAUCAGAGAAAGGGUAAUUAUGCAAAGGUGUACGUUGCUAUAUUCAUUUGUUUAGCUACUAAAGCAAUUCAUUUAGAGGAAGCUAAAUCAACUAAUGGAAUUGGACGUAAGAUAGCCAAUAAAGUAUGGGAAAUUAUACAAACCGGUCAUCUAAAGGAAAUUGAGGAAAUAAGCUGUAAUCAAAGAGCUAAAACUCUGAGAUUAUUUAGAGCAGCAUGGGGUAUUAAUUCUUUAACUGCUGAUGCUUUGUAUAAAGAGGGGUAUUUGACCAUACAAGACCUACGAACAAAAUCUGAUUUAUCAAGAGCUCACCAGAUUGGACUAAGAUAUUUUGAUGACUUGAAAUUAAAAAUGCCACGUAAAGAAGCUGAGAAGAUAUUAAAUUUAGUCAUGAGUGUAAUAUUUGGCCUAUAUUCUUUUGUUCAAUGUGAUGCUUGCUCUUCACUCAGACGAAAUCGACAGUUUUGUGGCCACAUAGAAAUUUUAGUCUCUCUUCCUGAAGGCCGUGUGAAUGAUCAUAAAAUUUUGCCAGAAAUUGUUGCCAAACUUCAUCAAGAUGGUUAUCUGAUUGAUGAUCUUGUCCGCCAUGAAGAAAAUGGAGCUCAAACAAGAUAUGUCGGAAUUAUCAAACUUUCUGCUGCAGGUGCAAAGUAUCGGAGGAUCGGCAUAACUGUCUGUAACCGUGAAGAAUAUGCAUGUGCUUUGAUGUAUUUAACUGGCUCUGCUUAUUUCAAUAAAGCUGUUCGUCAAGUGGCUUUUAAGAAAAACAUGAUUCUUGAUGAACAUUCUCUUAGAAGGAAAACUGUAAGAGAAGAUCGUGGACUUGUUUAUGAAGUUUUGGCAACUCCAUCAGAGGCGGAUAUUUUCUUGCAUCUUGAUAUACCAUUCAGAGUACCAGAAAUACGUGACCGUCCUCUAACUCUAGAAGCAACUUAAGAUCUCUUGGUCUUUUGAUGCAUCUCACCAUUUUUAAAAUGGAUUUUAUAAAUGAAUGUUAAGGAAUUAAUGUUAUGAUUUUUAUGUAUUGUAAUAAUUGUAACUGUAUUUGUUGAUAGAUGGUGGUAAGGAUUAUAUUUCUGUGUUGCUUUUGUGCUAUUUGUGAUAUUGUUAUUGUUGCUAAUUGCUCAUUCUUUUAAUAGUUUGUUAGAUAAUGGUAAAUUUUAAAGCUGUACAUCAUUUUUUAAGCAAAUGUUGUAAUAAAAACUGAAGGGAUGAAACAUUAGGCAACUUAACAAAUAGUGUACAGCUGCUCUAAUGUGUUUAGUGAGAUUUCCCUCCUGUUCGAGAGAUUCGUUCAAUAGAAUUUCAGUAGUAUAACUAGAAAUCAAGAUUGUUCAUAAUCCAGUUCUAUGUCUGUGUUCACCUGAGUGCUGCAGUAACGUGCUGUACAGAUCUUUACUGUAUGGAAAAAUAGCAUUAAUGGAAGAAAGGGAUCUGCAUUGAGAUGUUUCAUAUGUCAGAGGAGAUUCUAGUUGCUCUCGUGCACUUCAAAAGAACAUACUCAUGCUACAGUAAAGUAACUAGUAACUUGCACGAUUGAUAUUGAGAGACUGGAUCUAUAUUGUAAUCUGGUUUCUGCUACUUGCAAAUUCCACCCCUUUUCUCAAAACAGCUUGAGGAUGUUCUGUGGCUCAUUCAAAGUGCAUAAUUUAAAACUAUGGUGUAAGCAGUUGUGCUUUGGAGAGGGAACCUCAAGUUUCAAAUACCAUAAAAUUCAGAAUAUGCUGAAUAAUCUAUCGACUGAUAGUUUUUAGUAACAUUAUUAAAUUAAGAUGGGUAUUGGUUAAUUCUUUACGUGCUUUUUGUGGUGGCCGUUUUUGUGUAGUCCUGUUCUUCCGCCAUAUGUGGAUGGUUAAUUUUUCUCAUGCAUCUGAUUAUCAGGAGUCUGUAUUUGCUACCAUUCAUAAAAAUAUGAUAGCAUUUGUCAUCUUAGUAUGCUUCACAGUUCUAAAGUCUGUUGCUGUUUAAUGAGAAUAAAUAUGUAUAUGACUAAUAUAUGUCAAACUAAUAAUGAAGCACAUUUGUCAAGACUCAUAAGGAUUGCAUCAUGCAUUUAUAAUUUAGUUCCAACAAUUUGCAUGACAAAGAGCAGCUAGAAGUUAAAACUAAAGCUGCUUUAAUGCUUUGACACUUCAGAUUUUUUGUUUUCCCCUUCAAUUAUGUAUUAGAAUCUGUGCAAUUUAUAUACCAUCAUUGUAAAAGAAUUUGAGCUAUGAAAACUUUGACUUGAUUAUUUAAUCUUGGCAAAGCAGACUAGGGUUAGAAUAUUUUAAAAUCACUGUCAUUUCUUAAUACAUUUUGAGUGAACAAUCUGAUUUUCAUUCUGAGGGAUUUGACAAAGCUGAAUUAUGGUGGGACCAACAUUCUGCUACAUUAAUAUAUGUAGUAAAACUGUUAAUCUAUAUUUUAUACAGUAUGCUUAACUGCAUAUUUGAGCUAUUCUGCCUAUACCUUUUAUUCUGAGAAAAUAAUGAAACUUGAUUCUUUUAAUAAAUAAAAUUCACACUAUAUGUUUUAGAAUAUAUGAAUGCUGUACUGAGUAACUUGAUAGUGUAAAUAAAAUUGGUAUAAUUACUCAAUUGAAAAAUUAGGUGAUGUUAGUAGAAAAUCAAAUUUUCAUACCAUGUUCUUUUGCAACUUAAAUUUGGGCUGUAUUAAUGCAUGACAUACUUGAAAACUUACCUUAGUGUUAACGUAUGAAUAUUUAGAUGAAAAAAUUUCAGUAUAAGUUGAAAACAGUGUAUUAUUUUGCAUUUAUAAAUUUAUGUAAGGCUUAUAUAUGUUUUGUGAUUAGUCAUUUAAUCUUGUAUCAAAUUAUUAUCAUCUAUGGAAGUACCAUAUUUGAAAACUUGAUCUGUGGCAUGAUAUGUUUAGAACAGAAAUAACAUUACAGUGCCCACCACUUAUGAAACUCACUGGUUAAUGAUUGCAUUCAGAUUUCCAGGAACCAAACGAAAUGUAUCCUAAUCAAUAGCCAAAAUGCAGUGUUAAUGUACGGUAAUGUUAAGAAGAAUGCCGUUUAUUAAAUACAUCUUCACCACUUAUAAUACUGAGUUUGGCAAAAAGAGUGAUCAUUCUGUGUGAAAAUAGCUUACUUAUUUAUACCUAUUAAAACAUUUCAUGGUUCACCUGUUUAACAUAUUAUGAACCAUGGUUUUUAUUGUAUAAUUAUGUAAUGCUUCAGUAAAAUAGGUUUGAAUGAAAUUUUCCUAUUUCCAUCCUUAUAUUUUGGAUACACCGUUUUCAGAGUUUUUCUUAUCCACACUGGACUUAAGUAAGUAGCAUUUUCUUAUCUUAAGGUUAACAAACACAACCCUCUAAGGGCAUUGUAAAUGAGUGAGGGUUUCUUCUGGAAUACCAAUUGAUAAGGGGUGGAACUGCUAUUUCAGUGUCCCAUCUUUUAAAGUUUGCAUAUUCAGAAUCGUUCUUUUCUGGUAGAAUAUUAUGUUCAGAAAAGUUCAUGAAAUGCGUCUUAAUAUUAUUGUACAUUAACAUCUUUGAAUGCAAAGGAAGUAAUAACUGAAAAAAAAAGAGCAAAUAUUGGUCAUGCUUAAUCAUGAAGUGACAGAUAGACUAAAGAGACAAAGGGCUCUCUUUCUGCUGGCUAAAAUUUAUUGUGUGCUUAACUCAUAAAAUGAUAAAUGUGCCAAGUGAAAAGAUGUAAGUCUAAAAGAAGAAAAUAAAUAGAUAAAAGAUUUUGGAUAUUCUUCAUAAUUAUAGCCAGAGAACAACUACCUUUAAAUUAGGAAUUUUCCAAAACAGCAUGAUGAAAUUUACUUAAACAAGGAAUUAUAAUCAAUGAAAAACUAAUAAAAAUGAAAAUCUCUUAAGAAAGUAAAUGCUUUUCUAGAGUAGCUUGAAGUUGUAAAACUAUAAAGUGUUUUUGUUUUUAGAGCUUUUUCUACUAACUAAAUGCUAGGAGAGAAUUUUGUGUCAAAUGGCAGAUAGCUCACAAGUUAAGAGAAAGGGAAAUCCAACAUUGCUCAUCAGAAACUUGUAUGGUGGGAAGAAAGGUGAUUAUCAUCAUGUGGCUGGUAUUGGGAUAAAAGACAUUUUACUUAGACUGUUAAAUGAGAGAAAACCGUGCAAAAUUGAUGCAUACGAAACUGGGCUGCGUUAUAGAACAUUAUCAGAAUGUACAUUACCAUUUAAAAAUCAAACAACAGCUGGCGUAACAAUUAAAGGAAUGAAUUACUGUGUUAUUAACAUGCAGUAUGAAUCCAACAAUUAAGAAAACCUUCAUGUUUGAAUGGAGUAAAAAUUUUACCUCUAACUUAACUAUAGCAACAAGAGUAUGUUUACUGAUUUUCUUAUGAAGUGGGACAGCUGUCUGAAAAAUAGAAAAAUAACUUGACUAAGGUAAUUGUGCAACACACACACCUCUGGUACAGUUUCUAACAUCCAGCCUUUAGUCCAGGGUGUUAUAGAAUAAGUGACAGACUGGAGAAAAUUGAUAAACAGAAUUAAAUUUUGUGAAAAUGCAAACAUUAUGAAGGACAUUAGUACAUUGAUAGCCCUGCUACAGACCAUAUAUGUUAUAAUUAAUGCAAGGGGUAAAACUUUUAAAAUCUGUUAAAAACUGUUUUUGAAUAUGUGGCUUUUAUGUAGAAAAAUCUUGAGGUAAAUUCCAAGCUAUAGCUAAUGACAUCAGUGAAAAUUUAUUUUUAUAAUAUAUGUUAUUCUAAAAAAUAUUGAGACCGUGUAAAAAUUGACUGUAAAAAAUUAAAAGAAUUGCAGAAACUAACAGUGAAAGUUAUAUGGAAAAAUUGAUAUGCCAGCAUCGAUAGAAUAUAGAAAAGCACCAUAAAUUCUAAGAAAAACUCUUGAACUGAAAGGUUAUAGGGUAUUUCUCCCACCUUCUUGCAAUGCCUUUGUGGUGUGGUGGUCUGCACGCUGGGCACGUAUUCCAGAGAUCCGUGGUUCAAUUCCCGGCGAAGGCGUUGCUAAUUUUUCAUCUUGCCUGCUUCCAAAAAUACCUAAUGUCUCUACAAGGUAUUGAUCAAAAAAGUGACCAGCUGCUUUACAAAAUUUAGAAUACAGUUGAAAACUGUUCUUGAACAAUAGGACUCAAACAGAUAGAAUAGUUGUUUGCAAUAAAUUAAAUAUGAUCAAGAACAUAAAUAUAUAAAUAUUUUUAUAAAAACUAAAAAUUGAAUUUCAAAAAUGCAUAAAUAAUUUAAUUUAAAAUUAUUUAAGGAUCAGUUAUUGAAUUAGUUGUUAGUUAAUACUUUAUUCUAAAGUUUAAAACUAAUGUCACAGUUUGCAAUAUACAAACUGUUGUCUAUUAAACGUAGCUGCUUAAUAAACUGAAAUAUGUUUGGAACAGAGGUGAUUUUAAUAAGUGGCUUGUACUGUGUUUAUUUUUAGCAUUUAUUGGAAAGGUUGAAGUUCAAAAAUUUGGUCAUGCUGUAUUUUGCUAGAUUUCUCUCUCUCUCUCUCUCUCUCUUUUUUUUUUUUUUUUUAAGAAAUACUUAACUUUUUGUUACAACAUGCAUGCAAGUUUCUGAUUAUAUGGAUGGCAUAUCCAGAAAGUUUCAACUGUAUUCAAGGCCAAUGGGGUACUACUGAUUUUCUGUAUGUAAUAUGGAUUUUCAGUUAAAAUACUAAAAAUAAGGAAGAACUGCUUAUUGUUUGGCCUCUUACCAUAAUUUAUACUGCAGCCAAAUUUGAGGCCAUAAGGAAUCACAUCUCUGCAGUUUGAAUGGCCAUAUCCUGUUGAAUGGAAGUCAUCUAGAAAUUUAUUUUGGUGCAUUUGUUUUAGAUUAUUGAUACUUUUGGCCCUGCUUUAAAGUAAAAGUUAUUAUUGAUUAAAUUACAUUAUCAGUUGAGAAAGUUCAAAUUACCCAUUAAAUUAAACCAAAAUCUGUUAUGUAUGUUUUUUUGUAAUGUUUCAAUUACAUAUGAUCAGUGAGAUAAAUGAAUAAAAUCAUAUAGAUGAGUAAGAUCUGCAAUAAAACUGAUUACUUUUAGCAGUAAUGUUGCUAAAAUAUGGGAGAAAAAUAUUAAAGCAAUUUUUUUUAUUAUUUUCUUUUAUUAUUGUAAAAUAGAAUUUGCAGAAUGGAAUAAUGGAACUUACAUUUUCUAGCUGGUUAGUUCUGAAAUGAUUUUCACUAGUGUUGUAUGCAGAGCCCCUUAAUGUUUGUGAACUAUGUUUUUCAAAUUUAUUUUAUGUGAUAAAUGAUUUAUAUCCACUCAUUAUGAAAUGUGAGUACAUCUUUUUUGGAAUAUUACAGAUUUUGUUGAAAGUGAUUCAGUUUCAUCAUGUCUGCUUAUAACAAACUGUGACAUAAAAUUGUAAUAUGUAGCAUUUAUUGCAACAAAAAGUAAAAAUAUUAUUAAAAAUAGACACUAGAUUUUUACAAGCUUAUGUAAUUAAACCCCAGGCUAAUUGAAUUAUGUUUGUAGUUGAUUACUUGCCAUUUCUGAAGAAUAUUUGAAGUGUUAAUUGUAGCUCAUAAAAUUGAGUGAAAAAUCAUAUUUUUAUUUUUUUAUCAUUUUUAAUUCUCUUUUCAUCUGGGGCUACUCUGCAUCAUGUAUUUUAUUUCAUUGACACAUGGAAAAUACCAUUUUGUAAGUUAUCAGAACUCUAAAAAUUUUAAGAUCUGAACGAAAUAAUUUCACCUGCAUUAGUCACUUGAUUCAAACAAUUGUUUUGAUUUUGUUUGUGGCUUAUCCCACCUGAUCAACAGUAACAUCAGAUCAGGUCUCUGAUAUCAAAGUAUGUCCAUGAAAUUCGUCGUGGCAAGGAGUCAAGAUUGUGGCUGUCAUUGGCAAGAGCCUUUAGCUCUAUGUAGGUGACAGUAUAAGUUUGCUCAGAUACACCCCAAAUUUUAAAGGAGAGCACUUAGGGAGUGAUGGGUCCAAAGAUCUCCUAGCAACAACCUCUCAAGAGAACUGUCAGGCUGCUGCAGAUUUUGUGUGCUCCCAUGUCACAGAGACCCUAUGCAUUCAGAAAUGUCCAUGUCUUCUCUGGGAUUAAAACCUGGGCCCUUUGGUACAGCAGUCAGGGUCAUUUUAACCACUAUUCUUGUUGAGUGACAUUUAAACAAUUGAAAACAGUAUACCACAAAAUUGAGAAAAUGUAUGUUUAUGUAAAAUUUACUAUUUAAAAUAAUAUUUGCAUGGGCAAUAUUGUGCUGUAUAACAUUUGGACUGAAUGACAGCUUUCAUUUUGGCAUGGAAUAUGCAGUGUUUUUCAUAAAUCUUUUGACAUAUUUUAUCCAUCUCCAUGUACUGCAUCUCUUUUAAGCCUUCCUUGGUUACAUGGGUUUUAUUUGUUGCAUGAUGAUCUUGUGCAGCCUCUUCUUUGGUUACUUGGGCUUUACUUGUUGCUUGAUGAUCUUGUGCAGCCUUCUUUAGAACUACAUCACAAAUUUUUUGUUUUGUCAAUGUCUGAAAAAUGGAGAGGUGUCUGGAGUUACCUUUAUUGCAGUUUAGAAAAUACAGCUGUACAUUUUUUAAAUCAUUUAAUACUUUGAAAAUUAAAUGAUGUAAAGCUUGAAUGAAAAUUUAUACAGUUGGAGAAGGAUAUGUGACUCCUAGCCACAUUUCUGGGCUUCUCUUUUUUUUUUUUUUUCUCUUUGAGGCUUUUUUUUCAUAUAUCAAAGUAUAUUUCCCUGUUUAUAAUGCAAUCACAGACACCAAGUUUCUGUUUUUUACGCUUUUUAGCUUUAGAUUUGUCUAGGUUGUCAUACCAAAUCAGUCAAGUACAGAAUUAUUGUGCUUUAAUGGAGGAUUUAGUUUAAUAUUAGCUUCUGCAAAAGAUAAUGAUAAGCAUCAUUUUGAGUAUUGUUAAGUUUGCUGUCUAUGAAAAUAAUGUUUUCAGAAAUUUUGGGUCUUAAUAUGGUUUCUGUUAGAGCUCAAUCUUUUUUAUUCUAUUGGCUAUGCUUAUAAAAGUUUUUUAGAGCUAUGCAACUGCUGUAUCUAGCGUUUGCUGGAUUUUGGAGACAGUUUUCUUUAUUUUUGCUUAUGCCCACAGUAUAAUUUUUAGCACAUCAAUGUGGAGACUUCUGCAUGUCAAAAAUUAUUUGCUGUCUCAAAAUCUGUUUAUCUUUUGUUAGAGCUGUAGGCCAGUUCUUUUGAACUUCUAAAUUACUCUAUAGAUGCAAAUCGGGCUUCAUUGUACAGAUCAUGCUGUUUCCUAUACAGGAUGUUCUUUUGCCAUUUGGUUCAUAAAAUUUCAGAUUUAUUUGUCUCCCUUUGUCCCUGCCUUUCUGGAGCUCACUUUGGACAUCGUGGAAAAUGCAGAUGCAAACUCUCUUAUGUAACAUUAAGUUUGAAAAUAAUUUAUCAGUGUGUUAAUUCUAAAACAAAAUGUGAUAGUUAAAGUGGAGUUUCAUUUUCAAGCACUUACGCAUUUCCUUGAUACUACUUUAUUAAUUCCUAAAAAUGCAUCCAUCACAAAUUAAAAAAUGCAUAAAACUGUUUUUAUUUAAAUGUAAUGCAUCAUGUUCAUUGUUUUUAUAAAUAUGAAAUUAGAAUAAAAAAUUCUUAACAGUAUGAAAGACCUCCAAAAUCUAUUUGCAAGGUACUUGCUCAGUUUUGUGAGUCACUCCAUUUUUGUUUGUAAAAUGGCUAUUAUAUAUUGUUUACCUAAUCUGAAAACUGAAACAGUUGUUUUACUUUGCCAUUUGUUGAAGCUUAUGCUACUUCUGUGUUGUUUCUUGUUUUACUUUCCAAGUAAUUUAUGUUGAAUUGACAUUAUUAUUUUAUGUGUAUUGGAGUGAUUAAAAGUUUUUGAUUGC